AUGCUAAGGCAGGGGCCCGUCGUCUUGCUGGCCGCCUCCAUGUCGUAUUUCAACCCGGACAGAGCGUUAGCAGCGCCGCUGGAGAACGAUGGUCUGUCCCAAGGCCGGUUCCCUCUUGCCCCCCCGUAUGCCGUGGUCUUGAUCUCCUGUUCGGGUCUCCUGGCCUUCAUCUUCCUCCUCCUCACCUGCCUGUGCUGCAAACGGGGCGAUGUCGGCUUCAAGGAGUUCGAGAACCCAGAUGGGGAGGAGUAUUCGGGGGAAUACACGCCACCUGCCGAGGAGACCUCAUCGUCCCAGUCCAUCCCAGACGUCUACAUCCUGCCGCUCUCUGAGGUCUCGCUCCCGGCUCCCAACCAGCAGAUGCCCAAGACAGUGAAGCAUCUGGGCUUGAGCCGGCAGCACCUCAGCUACCUGCAGGAGAUCGGGAACGGCUGGUUUGGGAAGGUGAUCCUGGGAGAGAUCUUCUCAGACUUUACCCCAGCCCAGGUGGUGGUGAAGGAGCUCCGGGUCAGCGCCGGACCCCUGGAGCAGAGGAAGUUCCUGUCGGAGGCUCAGCCCUAUCGAAGCCUUCAGCACCCCAACAUCCUGCAGUGCCUGGGGCUGUGCACGGAGACCAUCCCCUUCCUGCUCAUCAUGGAGUUCUGCCAGCUGGGCGACUUGAAGCGCUACCUGCGAGCCCAGUGCCAGGCAGACGGGCUGACCCCCGACCUGCUGACCCGCGACCUCAGCACGCUGCAGCGCAUGGCCUAUGAGCUCACCCUCGGGCUGCUGCACCUGCACAAGAACAACUACAUCCACAGUGACCUGGCCCUGCGGAACUGCCUGCUGACCUCCGACCUCACCGUCCGUGUCGGCGACUAUGGCCUCUCGCACAACAACUACAAGGAGGAUUAUUACAUCACCCCUGACCGGCUGUGGAUCCCGCUGCGCUGGGUGGCGCCGGAGCUGCUGGACGAAGUUCACGGGACGCUCGUGGUGGUGGAUCAGAGCAAGGAGAGCAAUGUCUGGUCCCUGGGGGUGACGAUGUGGGAGCUGUUUGAAUUCGGCAGCCAGCCCUACCGGCACCUGUCGGACGAGGAGGUUCUCGCCUUCGUCAUCAAAGAGCAGCAGAUGAAGCUGGCCAAGCCACGCCUGAAGCUGCCCUACUCUGACUACUGGUACGAGGUGAUGCAGUCGUGCUGGCUGCCGGCGCCACAGCGCCCCACACUGGAGGAGCUGCACCUGCAGCUGACCUACUUGCUGACGGAGCGCUGCCACGCGCAGGCGGAGGAGAGUUUUGAGUGGCGCUGGAACGCCCUGAAGCCCAAGCGCUCGCCGGCCGCCUCCCCCCCACGCCGGCGCCGCUCGGAGGAGAUCUCGGCCUACCCGCUGCUGGAUGGCUUCCAGGGGGCCGAUCUGGAUGACGUCCUCACUGUCACCGAGAGCAGCCGGGGGCUCAACUUCGAGUACAUGUGGGAGAAGGCCCGGCUGGGGCGCUGGAAGGCCGGCCCAGCCCCCGGGGCCACCCCCUCCAGCAACGGCGGCCUGGCCGUGCCCGGCGCCAACCCCUUCUACGAGGCGCCAGUGCGGCAGAGCCUGGAGACGCCCAGUGUGGUCCCAGUGAUUAGCGCCCGCAGCCCCUCCGUCAGCAGUGAGUACUACAUCCGGCUGGAGGAGCACGGUGAUGGGGAAGGGCCCGAGGGCACCGUCGGCACCCCCAGCCCCGUCUACGAGCGCCAAUACGGGGUGCCCGGCUCCCCGCCGGAGCCCCUCUUCCCUUCCGACUGGGACCCCAUCGAAGAGGGCCGGGGCAGCCCCCCGCCCCUGGCCCGCCACCACCUCCCCCACCUCCUGCCGGAGGGGCCGGCCAGCUGGGCCCCCGGUGCCACCAACCCCUUCAUCACGGUGUCCCGGGAGCCGGCCCGGCGCAGCGCCAACCCCUUCCGGGCCGAGAUCCAGGAGACCUCGCUGACGGAUCCGGCGCCGGGGGGCAUCUUCCUGGGGGAGUCCCUGCUCCACGUGUACCAGGAGCUGGAGGAGCAGCAGCGUGGCUGGGACUGCGAGGGGCUGGAGGAGCGGGGGGCCGGGGAGACGCUGGCGGGGGACCCCUCGGAGUUCCGCCCCUCACCCCCCUGGGACCGGGAGCCCUCCCUGAUGGAGGAGCAGAGCUCGGCCGGCAGCACGGACGGGGAGGACGCCAGCAGCGGCGGGGACGGGCGCCGCAACCCCCUGCUCUGCCCGCUCUGCAGCCGGGGCGGGCGCUGCCGCUGUGCCCCGGGCCGGGGGGAGGUUGUGAGCGGCUGGAGCAACCACGCCCCCAUCCCCCGGCUCCACCGCGACAGCUACGGCACCGAGGACGACUCCUCCCUCAAGGUGGAGCGGGGCUCCCUAUCCGACUGCCCCAUCCUGCUGGGAGAGGGCCCCCCCGGGGCCGGAGAGGGCGGGGCCGGGCCGCUCGCCCCACCCCCUUUGGCCGGGGCGCCGCCCCCUCCCUCGGCGUUCUACGACCCGCUGAUGGGCACGGCCGUGGUGAGCUACGAACUCCAGGACUACCCCAAGCGGGGGGUGGCUGGGCGGCCGCCGGGCUCGCCCUUCCCCGGCCUGACCGCCGCCUGCUGCAGCGUCAUCGUGCCGGUGGAGAUCCCGCCCCUGGCCACGCUGGCGGAGAGCGCCGACGAGGAGACCAUCGCCAUCGUGCCCGAGGCCGCAGACGGCUUCCCGGCCAGGCCGGAGAUUGGCCCAGCCCCAGUGGGCCAGCGGAGGGGCCCGCUGGACUCCGGGGACUCGCUGGACCUCCCCUCCAACACCAGCUCCUCCGAGGGCUGCAGCCCGGCCUCCCGCUUCUCCUCGCCGGGCCAGAAGUUCCCCGACAGCGGCUACGAGACGGAGAGCACCUUCUCCCCGGAGCUCCUCGUCCGGGAGCCCGAGGAGGAAGAGGACGGGGAGCCGCCCGGGCAAGGGGAUGCCGCCCAGCUGCCCCCCACGCCCAUCUCGGAGUCCACCAGCGACCUGACGCUGUCAGAGGAGACGCCGGGGGCCGAGGAGGAGGCGGGCAUGGGGCGGGGGCUGGCCACGACCCACCGGGACUCAGCCUAUUUUUCGGACGGCGAGGUGUGCAAGGAGCAACUGCUGGUGUCGCUGCGGGAGAACAUCACCCGCAACCUACUCUGCAACCACCGAGACCUGGGGACCCCGGCGUCCGGGGCCCCAGCUGCCAAGGAGGAGGCCGUGAUCCGGCUCUGGGCCCUGGACCCCGAGGGGGCCCGGGGCGCUGGAGACGAGCAGGAAGGGGGCGGCGGGGAGGUGGCAGGUGGGCCGCCCCAGGAAGAGGAGGAGGGGGCAGAGAGCGAGGAAGGGCAGCUGGACGGCCAGGGGGCGCCGGAGCUGAGCGGGGAGGCCCCUGUCCCCAGCCCCGAGGGGGCCGACCCGGCGUCUGAGCAGCCGCAGCCCCACCUGGACUUCAGCACGGCAGGGAGCCCAGGCAGCGAGGACAUCAAAGCCAAGGUCUCGCGCCUGUCGCUGGCGCUGCCCCCGCUGAGCCUGCAGCCCUUCGCCGGCCCAGGGGGUGACUCGGACGAUGGGCGCAACCUGCGCGGGCUGCUCAAGUCCCCGCGCUCGGCCGAGGAGGCUGCCGAGCUGGACCGGAAACGCAAGAUGGAGACGCCCACCAAUGAGCUGAGCUCGCAGAGCGGCCCAGAGGGCGAGGGCGGCACCAGCCAGGGCCCCGCGGGGCAGCCUGCCCUCGAGGCCUUCCCACCCGCCGACGGAUUCAGCGGCAGCUUCGAAUGGGACGACGACUUCCCGCUGAUGGCCCAGAACCCGUCCUUCGUCUCAAUGGUGACGGACCCCAGCUCGGGGGCCCCCCCAACGCCGCCCCCCGCGCUGCUCCCGGCCAAGGGGGCGGAGCCCAGCCUGAUGGACGCCCUGCGCUUCUCCCGCUUCACCGUCUCCCCCGCCCUCGAGCCCCACCUGGCCCCCCGCGAGACCGAGCUGGCGCCCACAGCCAACCCCAUUGAGAACUGA